UAUGAUAAAUGACAGGAAAUUGUAAUGAACUCAAGAAAAUUAAACUUGGGGUCUUGUUUGCAGCAAAUAUGUGAUCUAAAGAAAUAUUAAUAUAAAACUGGGCCCCAUUGGAGGUGGAAGUGCUGACGUAAGAAGCGCGACGAAAACAGCCUUCCUUAUGAACUCUGCUUUCAGCUACCGCUCCAGUAGUGGACAACGAGGACUAUAUGAAUCGUAUAAAUAUGUUCUUAAUUUGCUCACGUCGCCCGCCGUCGGGGGUUUCUCUUCAGAGGACGACGGCGUCGGUUCACGAUUUGGUAAUUAAAGUCGCAUGUAGAACCUACCCGGAGCAUUGAAUCCAUGCUUCGUCUUGCGUGUCUGCCAUCGAGUAGGAGGCACGUCGUCGACGUCGAUGCCGGUCUUCGGAAGCAGCAUGGGGAUUUUGUUUGGCUGGACGCAAGCGUCUGAUUGAUCCUCGAUGGCCUCUGAGGGCAUUUAGUUUGUCCUGUGGAUUACUCCAACUCUUAAGGGCAUUUAGUUUGUCCUGUGUAGCUUCUUCAUCCACACCACCGUGGUUAUAACUCAUGGCCUCCCUCCUCCGCAACGCCACUCUCUCUCUCUCUCUCAGAGUUCCCAUCCCACCGCUGGAAUUAUAGUAGCAUUUCACAAUGCAGCGAGCUCUUCCUCUCGUCGCCGCUUCACUGCUGAUGUUGGCCGCAGCCACAGCGCCGGUGGCGCAAGGUCACAACAUAACCAAGAUCCUGGCGGAGCACCUUGAGUUCUCCACGUUCAACCACUACCUCACAGUCACCCACCUGGCCGCUGAGAUCAACCGCCGGCUCACCAUCACCGUGCUGGUCGUCGGGAACUCCGGCAUGGCCGACUUACUCGCCAGGCACCUCUCCCUCCUCACCCUCCGCAACGUCCUCUCCCUCCAUAUCCUCACCGACUACUACGGCGCCAAGAAGCUCCAUCAGCUCACCGGCGGUUCCACCCUGGCCUCCUCCGUCUUUCAGUCCUCCGGCCACGCCCCCGGCACCACCGGCUACAUCAACAUCACCGACCACCGCGCCGGAAAGGUCACCCUCAGUGCUGAGGACGACGGCGGCGCCCCGCCUGUUGACUUCGUCAAGUCCGUGAAGGAGAUGCCCUACAACAUUUCCGUGCUGCAGGUGAGCACCAUCCUUUGCUCUCCCGAGGCAGAGGCCCCCGUGGCGGCGCCCGCCCCCGUUAACCUCACCGAGCUCAUGAGUAAGAAGGGCUGCAAGGCCUUCGACGACCUGCUCCUCGCUCGCCCGGACAUCCUCCAGACCUUCCAGGACAACCUCGACAGCGGGCUCACCGUCUUCUGCCCCGUUGACGACGCCGUCAAGGCCUUCGCCCCCAUGUACAAGAACCUCACCGCUGACGGCAAGGCUUCCCUCCUCCUCUACCACGGCGUGCCCGUGUACUACUCCCCCCAGCUCCUCAAGUCCAACAACGGCGUCGUCAACACCCUCGCCACCGACGGCUCCAACAAGAACUUCAACUACACCGUGCAGAACGACGGCACGGACGUCACGCUCGAGACCCGCGUCGUCACCGCCACCAUCACCUCCACCCUCAUCGACCAGGACCCUGACGCCGUCUACGCCGUCGACAAGGUCCUCGAGCCCCGUGAACUGUUCAAGGUCGCAGAGGUCGUCGACGCCCCUGCCCCAGCCCCCGCCGGCUCCAACAAGUCCAAGCACGCGUCGCCGCCAGCCCCAGCCGGCCCCGACGAGGCGCCCGCUGACCAUGCUACGUCCGCAAACUCAGCCUUCAGGACCACCGCUGUCGGCCGGUGGCUCGAGCCCACCGCCGCUGCUCUCGCGGCGUCCUUCCUAGUCGUCGUCUAAUUAGCUACCCCGUUUCUCUCCCUUUUUUUCCCCCUAUUUUCUAAUUUCCAUUAUUAAUUUUUUCUUCUUUUUUCUCUUCUGAUGUUUUAGUUUAAUGCUUUGGGAUGGAUGAAUAAUUA